CGCGGGCUCAUUAGUGGGCCAGUAGCUCAGGUAACGCGCUCGAUGGGCGUGAAUUUCGUUUGUGUUUCGCGUUUUGUCAACAAUUUUGUGCGUUGAUACGGUUGUCGGCCAGUGUCUUCUUGUCGGGUCGCAUGAUGAGGCAUAGCGCCUUAUUGUUACGUUCUAAUUUUCCGGAAAGUUGUCAACUUUGGACAGAAAGUCAUUACGAAUUUUGUAAAAUUUCGUGACGUUUAAUUUUUGCGCCGCUCUUGGCAACGCCUUUUUGUUUCCGUGUUUACCCGAUCGCCAUCCUUCGGUUGUGUCGGCGCGUUCACAUUGUAAUAAACAUUCGCACUAAAUACUUUUGCAACGAAUUUUUUUUUUUCAAAUUCGCCAAGUGACGUGUUCCAAGUACCGUUAAAAAUGAAAAAUAUUCACUCGGCGGUUCGAUGACAAUUUUUAAUUCGAGUGUAGUUAUUUCAAAUUCAAUCUUAACGUUUCGUCAAUAUCGUUUAUACAACACAACAGUAAGGAUCUCAGCAGCCGAAUGGCCCUGACGCUAGUCGGCCUGUUGAAAGUCUUCUCGGCGCUCGUUUUGAUCGUGUCCACAUCGAGCAACUCGCUGCUACUGCUAGUGUUCUACCGCCGUCCAGGUCUUCGCACCCUAUCAAACAGAUUUGUUAUGAACUUAUUGGUUACCAAUUUAGCCAGUAGUUGGAUUCUUGUACCGUUGAUAUUGUGGGACGGAAGCUCGUUCAGUUGGGCGCCGUCACUGACGGCGUCCAUAUGGAACGGCUUAACGGGUGCUGUUUACGCUCAGUCGGUGUUGUCUGUGAUGGCCGUGGCCGUUGACCAAUACUAUGCGGUUACGGAUCCACUUCGUUACCACGUCACUGUGAAUGCAGCUAGCUGUGCUGUGGCUGUAGCCCUAACAUGGUGUUUAUCUGCCGUGGCUGGUGCGCUGUCCGCCGUCCGGGAAUUGUCUGUAGUACCCGAGGCCUUCCGAUUGACGUUCCCCGUUACCUAUGUGCUAUUGCUUUAUGUGAUGCCGUUUCUCUCUGUGUGUUGGGUAUACGUAAAAAUAUGUACUGCCGCCCAUCGGAACAGCGAACGGGCUAGAAGAAACGGGUCAGUUCCCGAUCAGCUACAACAACAACAACAACAACAACAACAGCCGUUGCAGCAAAACAACAACGAAUAUAACAUAGUUCCUACGAUACAAGAAGAAGAAGAUGAUGAAGCUGUGGAGGUAAAACCGACGGCGCAGGAGUCGGAUACUCCUAAACCACCCCCUUUAAACCAUUCUUCAACAAGGGCUAGUCUUAAGAGCACAUCCAGUUCCAUCGUGAAUCAUCUAAGAUACAGAAUAUCAAACGCCAGCAUGUUCCGGUAUCGUGAAGAGUCACGAGCUGCCAAGAUUUCGGUCCUGGUCAUCGUAACGGCAGCCGCGUGCUGGACACCAUACGCUGCUUUUAAGCUGUCCCAGUGGCCGCCCCUGAUCGCAUUGGGGUUCAUACCGUCUCCGGGGCCGUUGACGGCUCUGUUGUCAUUGUCAGCGCAUGCAGUCAUAACACCCAUUCUGUUCGCACACCGGAACAGACGUGUUCACCGUGAGCUCUGCCGUAUAUUUUGCCGGCGGAAGCGUUGUAGCAGUUUUUACGAAAACGUGAGAAACGCUACAGUGGCGGCAGCGGUAACGCCGAUCAAGUCGACCGAACGUUUCGGCGGUUCCGAGUCGCCGUUGCACGUUUUCAGCAAGUGGUUCGGUCGUCCGUCGGCCGCCACUUCGGCGUUCUUAGUGCCUACCCUGACUGUACCCAACGCGGCGCAUCUGCCCACCGACCUGGAGACUGCACGCAGUUCGUUCUCCAGCAAUGGCAGUUCUUCGACGCAAGCGUCUUCAGUGAUCACAGUGGACUGACGCGGACGUCGCGAUGGGCUGACUGCCCAGAAAAUUCUUCUAGUCAACGCCAACAGCAACGGGGACGCACCACUGCUCUCCUGAGGCCGGCGGCUUCUCUCGGACAGUAUCCCCCGACGAGUUUGUAUAUGUAAUAUAUGAACGGUUCUCACACAUUUGUUUUCCUAUUAAUGUACUUAAAUAAAUUGGAUUUUAUUAUAAAAAAAAUGUAUUUUUUUUAAGUCGUUAAAAAUCGUAUUUUUAUUUAUAUUUUUUACAAGUGUAUUUAAGUAUAACAACGUUUCAUAAUUCGGCUAAUUAUUCGUUUACGUGAAGCUUUUUUUUUAAGCCUAUUCCCUCUGCAACGCUAUUUCCUCCUGUUGUGUUCUCCGAAUAGCCUUAUUUAAUAGAAUUCUAGAAGAAGAAAAUAUUGUUAAAUUGACCUUUUUUGUUAAACAUGUCGUUUAUUGCGACACUUUUUAGCUAAAACUCAUAAAAUGUGUAUUAUUUUAUUACUUUUUUUUGUGAAACUUAUAUUUAGUCCAUCAUAAAACGUUAAUAUAUUUAAUUUCCUAUUUUUUAAAUAAAACAAA